AUGCCUGUCAUCUCGCGCCUUGCAUCCAUUAUUCUCCGUAUUGCGGAAAUCGGCUUUGCAGCUGUUGUCGCCGGUGUUAUCGGACACCACCUUGCGAGAGUCCACCACAGCAGCACAAAUGUCGACUGGUGGCCUGAGUCACGUUGGAUCUAUACUGAGGUCAUCGCUGGUAUAUCGAUUCUGCUAGGCCUCAUAUGGCUGAUUCCCUUCUCAUCGGGAUUCUUUUCUUGGCCUCUGGACGUCCUUAUUUCCUUCGCUUGGUUUGCUGCCUUCGGUGUCCUUGUUGACUGGCUCAAGCGCCAAGGCUGCGGUAGUCCUUGGAUUUGGCGCUUUGGAGGAGGCUCAGCCUGUGGGCAGUGGAGAGCUGCCGAGGCUUUCAGCUUCCUUUCCGCUAUUCUCUGGCUUGUCUCUGGUAUUGUGGGAAUUUGGUUCACAUUCCGUGUUCGCCCGAGCACCACUGAUGGAUCUCGUCGCCGUCGCUGGGGCCGUUCCAACGUCUAG